AUGUACUCCCCAUCCUGGAAACUAGAGUAUGCCCUUGGGGAGAAAAUAGUGAAAGGAGAUAAAGAAUGUAUCAAGAAUCUCUUAGAAAUAUUUGAUGGAUUGCUGGAGUAUCUUACAGAACACACCAGUGAAACAUCUCACGAUAAAAGUGGAACUGAACAGUAUUUUAGAGAAUCCCAUCAAGAAUCUUCAGAAGACCCAGAAAGUUCUAAGGAAUCUAAAUCAUCAUGGAAAAAAGUUUCACUUGGAAGGUGCUCCUCAUCUGAUGCUUUGGAUCCCACUUGGGAUGAAGAUGAAGCCGAAUCCACAGGUGAAAUAAUUCGACUUGGAGACACAGCACACACCUUUUCUCUAAGAAGUAAUGGUCCUCAAAGUUCUGACAUGCAAUCUAGAAAAGCCUUGACAUCCCCGAGUUCUAAACCCUAUGAGGAUGCAUUAAACCCACCCUCAUCCAGUUUUCUGUCCAAGAACAGGACAGCCUUUCUUGAAGAUGAAAGCCCUUCUGUGAGCAUGGUUCCAAGUGCUAGAAAGCUAGGGGAGCCUAUCCGACCAGCUAUUCCUUUACACCCUCCCUACCACCCUUCAGAACCGCGAGCACCCUGCCCCAUAGGAAAGGAGUACUUACGCUCAAGCUACUGCUCCCCUGCUGUAAAUUCUAGUGGAGAGCACACUGCAGUUGUUGUGGAACCAGAAGAUAAAGUUACCUUAACUUCCAAGCUGCCUAACGAUAGCGAACAGGAAAUAUAUCUAGCACAGGUUCAAAGCCCCAGGACAAGGAAGCUUCCCAAAGGAAAAAGGAAUGAAAACAGAGCUUCAGCCUCAUCGUGGGAUUCACCUUUCCCCCAGAGGCCAAGAAAGAGGUUAACAGAGCAAGAACUACACGCAGUGUCAGAGAAACUCUCUCAACGGCUCUCUGAACUGGAUUGGAUGUUAAAAAGUGCCCUAGGUGAUCGAAUUAAAGAAAAGACGGAUCGUAAAGAACAUCACACUGGAAAUGAAGAAGUGGACAGUGGAAAUGAGGAGGCACUGUCUCAGCACAGUGACAGCAUCAUGGAGUAUGGGCCAAAGAAGCUAAAGCCAGGACUUUCCACACCCAGAAAGCCACCUUUCAGGUCCCAUUCGCUCUCUCCAGCUCCAUCAAACAAACUCAAACAGUACCAGAUCGAGAGAACAAGGCAGCACAAGCCAAAAGCAUCAGACACCCGCCAAUUCCAAGCUAAGGUAUUAACUGAAGCAUUUGAAAGGGAACUAAGAAAAAAUAAAAUUCAAGAGAAUAUUGGAUCUCAAGUGAUAAAAGACAACAGCGAGGAGGAAACAGAAAAAAUAUACAGAGGUGUUCAUAAAGGAACUCCAAAACAAAGUCAGCCCUGGAAGAUUUACUCUCGAAAAACCACAGCUCCGAGUCCAAGAGGUGGCUUCCCAAACUCAAAUAAAGCGGUUCCAAUGAAAGUAAAUGAACACAGUCUCUUGCCUCUUAUGCUGGAGCAGUUUCCAUUUCUCUAUGUUUCUGGCCCAACACUAAGCAAAAUGUGGAAACAGCAAAUUGCACAGACUGAACAGCUCAAAAAUGAUGCAUAUAGACAAAAUCGAUCAAGGAAGAAACUCCAGGAUGAAAUAGAAGCAGUCCUAAGAAGGCAUGACCUCCUUACUGCCCUUGUCAAGAAAGAAUAUGAACAUAACAAAAGACUGCAAGACUUCAAGGACCGCAUUCAUAGACAGAAGUUGACCCAAUCAAAGAUAAAAGAAAAUCGUCAACAAAUUGUUCGUGCACGAAAAUAUUAUGAUGACUACAGAGUUCAGUUGCGUGCAAAAAUGAUGAGAAUGAGAACCCGGGAAGAGAUGAUAUUUAAGAAGCUGUUUGAAGAAGGUUUACAAAUUCAGAAGCAAAGAUUACGAGACCUAAGAAACUAUGCCAAAGAAAAGCGAGAUGAGGAAAAGAGACAGCACCAGAAUGAACUGGACUCACUGGAGAAUUACUACAAGAACCAGUUUUCAUUGCUGGCAGAAGCCAUAUCACAGGAACGUGAGGAACUCAAAGCCAGAGAGAAAUCCCAGGCCCAGACAUUACACAAGGUGAAGAGGGAGCUACGGUCUAAGAUGGAAAAGGAAAUUCACCAACUACAACACAUGAUAACGCAGAACGAUGACGACGCUUUCUUCAGGGAACUGGAAGCUGAGCGCUUCAGAGCUCGGCUUCAGCUGGCUUCCCUUCAGUACAGUAAAAAUCCCUACCCAUGAGGCCAGACCUCACAGGUGAAGUCUCUGAGGCCUUUACCAGGACAGUGCUAGAACUGAGCCAGUAAACAAACUGGGAAAAUCAUUUUUUAAAUGCCUUGUGUGUUUACUCUAAUACUUAGAAUUUUUUUAAAUAAAAUUUUUUCUUAAAGCUUUUUGCUUUUGAAUUU